GGAAGUUUUCUCUGGACAGGGAGGGGCUGAGGAAGCAAUGGCUGCGCCGGCCAUGUUCCGGGUCUGUGUUUCCAGCUGAAGGUCAUCUCCGGUAGAGGAGGCUCUCUGGUGUGCUGUGGGACGGUCAGGGCCUAUUCUGUACCUCCUCCUUUCCAGCCGAGUUCGCCGGUGUGGGCCGACCUUUGCAGCCCCUGUGCUGACUUCCAGGCCUUAAUUCCGGGACGGCUAACUGCAAGUUUUGCUUGGGCGCUCGGCCCCUCCCACCGGAACUCGUUCCCCAGCCUAGGUGGGGCCGUGGGCGGUCCUUCCCCCUUGCUGAGGCUUUCCUUGGGAUCCUCAUUGGGAAAGGGGCCUAGUGAGGUGUUGCCACGCACCUAUCGCCAUUGGGCAUCAUUUUUUUCUGUAGAAGAGCCUCCUUAUCAAGGUGGAGAGUUUGAUACGGGUUAAACCUACAAAGAUAAAAUUUUCAGUAGGUUUUAAAAAAUGCUAAACCAAUCUGGAUUACUGCUGAACUGGAUUAUCAGUUUAGGAGAUUUUCACUUUGAUCUUUUCAUGUUUCUCAGGGUUUAGACUACUUUAGUGCAAAUGUGUGAACCUUACCAGUAAAUUAGUUUUUAUUGACAAGCUUUUAUAUACACUGUGUAAGCAACUAUUUAAGGUCUACUCUUGCUGGCACUUUGAACAGUUUUCUUUUUAAAAUAUGUAUUCAGCAGGUAGAGGUACAGGUGUAUAUCUGAGCAUUACCCACUUUAGCAUGUUUUCUAAAACUGCUGUCCAGUAAGGUAGCUACUGGUUCCAGAAAGCUUGAACACUGAAAAUAUGGCUAGUCAGAACUGAUGUGACCUAUAAGUGUAGCAAAUUUAGGGGAAAUUCGUAUUUUAAAAACCCUCAAUUUUUUAUAUGAGUUACAUAUUGAAAAGACAGUAUUGGGGGCCAAGGAGAUGUAGUUCAGUGAUAGAAUACGUGCGUGGUCCUUUGUUAAAUCCGCCGCACCAUAUUGAUAAAAGGAGAAAGAAAAGACAGUAUUUUGGAUGCACUAGGUUACCAUAACGCAUAAUUAUUUUAUGAAUAUGUUGUAUUUAUAUAUAAGUACAUAAUAUUAAAUAUGUAUCAUAUUUAUAUUAAUCAUGUAAUUUAUGUGUGUAUAUUUCUAUUUGCAUAUAUCUGUAAAUGUUUAUAAAUAUAUGUUUAUUAUGUAAUAUAUAACUAAUAUAUUUAUAUUGUUAAUAUAGAAUUAAUUUAUUAUUUCCACCUAGUUUUGUUUUUAAGCUGUCCACUGAAAAAUUUGCGUCUGUGACUUGAGAUAUAUUUCUCUGAAGUAACACUGAUCUAGAAGGGAUUAACAUAGUGGCCUGCAGCCUGCCUGUGUUUGUAGCAAGUUUUAUUAGAACCAAGUCAUGCCCAUUCAUUUGUGUGUUUUCUUUGCUGUUCCUGCUCCAAGAACAUCAGAGUUGAGUAAUCCAUGCAGAGCUUGUGUGGCCUGCAGAGCCUGAAAUACUCGGUCUGACCUUAUACAGAUGUUCACCCAACCCCUGCUCUAGGAUAGUAGAUAUUUUUAUACCUAUUACUCAUAGACCCAUCUAAUUUUCAGUCAGGCUUAUUAUGUGAUGUGCAUAGUUCCAAGUACUUUAUAAAGACCAUCUCAUUUAAUUCCCGUAUUAGUCCUGGGAUACUUGAUAUCCCCAUUUUGUAGAUGAAGAAACUGAGGCACAUGGUAAUGAUGAAACUUAGCCAACUUGCUCAUUUCAUUUCAUUUCUAGAAACUAUUAUGCAAAAGGCUUGAGUUCUCUAACCCACUUGCUUACCAUGCAGUGGACACCAUGGUUUGCUUUGAUCUUGAAAUUCUAGAGUUAGAAUUGAGAUGGACUGGUGGUGCAUGCGUAUAAUCUGAGCUCUAAGGAGACUGAGGCAGGAGGAUCACUGUGAGUUCGAGGCUAGACUGGGAUACACGGUUUUGCUCACUUGGAAGAUGGUGCUAAGCUGUAUAAGUGUCUCAAGCUUGUUAUGCAGAUGGAGAUGACAUGAGUGUGUAUGGCUUGUCGACUUGCUCAGUACUGCCAUCGUCAAGAGCUGUAAAGAUGUCUGACAGAAACCACAUGGCUGCCAAAGCUUCCCUUAUUGAGCAACUGCUGUCUAAAAGGAAUUUUGAGGAUCUUGGUGGCCAUCUUACUGAGCUGGAAAUGAUUUGUAUGACCAAGGAGCAUCUCCAGGAGACAGAUGUGGUCAGAGCUGUGUACAGAGUCCUCAAGAACUGCCCCUCGGUGGCUUUAAAAAAGAAAGCCAAGUGUUUGCUGUCAAAGUGGAAAGCUCUUUAUAAGGACACUCACUUCAAAACAAGGGCUAGCUCUCAGUUAUCCUCUCCAGGUCAUAGUAGAGAAAAAACUGCAGAGAUUUCUCAUGACGUGAGUCAAGGUGAGAUGGUGGACAUCUGCUGUCGUGAUUCUCUGCCCUCACCCCAAGAUGUCACAACCCCCACCAAAAUGAUCACGCCUCAGAAUAGCACUAACCACAUGGAUCCUAAGGAAGAGCAUUUCGGGGGUGGUGACCCUAAACCCACUGGCAGUGGAUCAGAUGAAUUGCAAGAUCCCACGAUGCCCACGAGAACCAAAUGUAUCGAGCUUCUUUAUACAGCUUUGACUAGUUCUUUCACAGAUCAGGCAAAUGCUGAUUUGUGGCAAAACUUCGCGAGAGAAAUUGAAGAGUGCAUUUUUGCCCUUUAUUCAAAGAACAUCAAAAAAUAUAAAACUUGUAUCAGAAGUAAAGUUGCCAAUUUGAAGAACCCCAGAAAUUGUCACUUGCAACAAAACUUGCUCUCUGGGACCAUCUCUCCAAAAGAAUUUGCCGAGAUGACCACAAUGGACAUGGCAAACAAGGAGCUAAAGCAGCUGAGAGCUGCCUUCACGGAGUCCUGUAUCCAGGAACAUUACCUUCCUCAAGUGAUUGAUGGCACACCGACAAAUAAAAUCAGAUGCAGACGCUGUGAAAGAUACAAUUGCAAGGUCACUGUGAUUGCCAGAGGGACACUUUUCCUUCCAAGUUGGGUGCGGAAUUCAAACCCAGAUGAGCAAAUGAUGACCUAUGUGAUUUGUAAUGAAUGCGGUGAACAGUGGUACCAUAGCAAAUGGGUAUGCUUGUAAUUGAAAACGGAUGUUCCCUUAGGAACACAUACCUUGAGAGGUAACUUGUAUUUGUAUAACCCUUUUGUGCUUGUUUAAAAAACUUAGAUAGACCAGGGAUAUAGCUCAGGGGCACAGCGCCUGCCUGACAAGUGUGAGGUCAUGAGUUCACUUCCUGGUACAAAAAAAUUUAGAUAUACUGCUCUUUUUUUCCCUUGAAAAAGCAUACUUUAUGGAGGCCAGGGGUUUAGCUCAGCAGCGUGAGUGCCCUGGCAAGCGCAAAGUCAUGAGUUCGAUCCCCGGCACCAAAAAAAAGCAUACUUUAUUUUAGUGGCAAGCAUUUUCAUGAAUAUUAGUCAUGGGGGCUGGGGAUUUAGCUCAGCGGCAUAAGCGCCUGCCUUGCAAGCAGGCAGUUGUGGGUUUGAUCCCCGGUACUGAUAAAAAGGAAAAAGACAAAAAAAAAAGAAUAUUAGUCAUGAUUAGGCUUGUAAGCAGAAGUUUUUCAUAUAACCUGGUUUUAUUUUAUGUCAUAUUUAUGCAGAAGUAUGUACGUAAAAUUUCUUCAGGUUUCCUCAAAGUCCCUUACACUAUUUAAUGUCAUAUAACACUGUAUUUAUUUUUGUGGUACUGAGGAUUGAACUGAGGAUCUUUCCCUGAGUUACAUGCCCAGCAUUUUUUUUUUUAUUUUGAGUCAGGGUCUUGAUAAAUUUUCCAGGCAGACUUCAAAUUUGUGAUUCUAUUGCCUCAGCUUCCUGAAUAGCUGGGAUUAUAGGCAUGUACCUCUGCAAAUAUUUUGAAACUGUCUUUUGUUGUUGUUUUUGUUUUAAGACAAGGUCUUGCUAUAUAGUUUAGUUACGGCUGCCUUAAAAUCACUGUAUAGCCCAAUCUGGAGUCAACUCCAUACAAUCUUCUUGUCUCAGGAAUUACAGGUGUGCACCACCACUUCUGGCAAAACUUUUUUUGAAACAGGCUUUCACCAGGCUUGUCUUGAACUUACUUAUGUAAGUUGGCUUCAAACUAACAACAAUCCUCCUGCCUUAGCUUCCUGAGUGUGGGGAAUCAUAGGCAUGUGCUACCAUGCCCAGCUAAAACUGUCUUUCAAUAAGGUAAACACAAAUGCAAAUCUGCUUGCCAAAUACCUGUUUUCUAGGAUAAUUGUUUGAUUUAGGAUGCUGUUCUUCUUCAUCCAGUUAUCAGUUGCCUUGAUUUUAAUAAUUGGCCUAUUUAUUUAUUGAGGGGGUGAAACAGGGUCUCAUUUUGUAGCAUAGACUGGCCUCAGACUCAUGGCGAACCUCCUGUCUCAGCUUCCUGAGUGCUGGGAUUAUAGGCAUGUGCCACCAUAAUCUGCCACUGUAAAAGAGUAAAGUUUUGUCUUUUUACUUUUUGCCUAUUCUGGACCUUCAAAUGAACAAGCCAAGCAUAGUAUAUACUGUAUAUAUUUUGUCUAAGAGACCAACACAAGCAACUGCUAUUCUGCCUCAUCAAUGAAUGAGUACUGCAGUGCAUUAUUUGAAAUUAAAUCCAAAUAUUCUCACUUUUUGGUUCAGAUAUAGCUACCGGGAGAACUAAGCAUCGCUUAUCAUCUACAUUUCUUUAUGCGUGAUGAGAACCUUUCCAAAUCACAGUGACACUUCUAGAACCCUUGCAGAGGAAGGCAUUUUCCUAGAAAAUGAAUCAUUUCCUUGGGGUACAGUAUGGAAGCCCUGGAUGAGACUAGAUGUAGAACUUAGCUCUUAAGGCUAAGCUUUUAAAGCUGCCUCACCUUUAGCCAUAACACCCAACUUUAACUAAAAUCGAGGCAAAAUAUUCAACUGUUCACCUUGCACUGUUCACAUCCUAAAGAAAAGGGCUCCUGCCUCUCCCAGUUUCUGACAGAAGUAGUAGAAGAGCCAUUUCUUUGUACUGCCUCUUGGCAAGCUUCAGACAUUUUUGGCAAACUGAAUCUAGACUAGUGAAGCCCAGGCCCAAUAAAAAUCCUAAGCAGUUGCCUAAAGUUUGCGAAUCAGACAAAUGGACAGCCAGAAGAAACUAAAGAAACAGUAGGACUAUUUUUGAAAUAGGCAGGCACUGUCUUAUAGAGGGUACUACUCGUACUCCUAAAGGUUUAGUGUUUUGUGAUUGAGUUCUAGCAGUCAUAAGCAAAGAGAUGUUUUCCCAGAAUAACAAGAAUUUUCAUAAAUGAUAGAUAUUAACUUUGCUCCUUUAGAUACUUAAAAAACACAAAGUAACUAUUUUCUAUUUGAUUUCUUUAUUGAAUUGUAUUACAAUACGGUUCACACUUCUAAUUUGCUUUUCCUAAACUAGCUAGGAUAUCCUGAUUACAAAUGUAAUAUGGAUAAUUGUGAUCUAUCAUCACCAAAACAAACAAAAUCAAAGGAGUUUUAUAUUUUCCAGUAACAUGACUACUUUAAAAGAAAGUUUACUUAUUCACUUGAGAGGCUGAGGCAGGAAGAUUUUGCAAGCAAGUUCAAGGCCAGCCUGAACUACAUAGUGAGACUUUGUCUCAAAAUCAAAAACAAAACAAAACAAAGGAAAGUUCAGUUAUUGUGACAUGUUGAUUAGUGCACAAACAUAAAUUUUUUUGGUCAGAACUGGUAGCAUAUGGUGUCUGUCUUCCCCACAGUGCACUACUCCCUCUGCAAAAGGGAGUAAGUAAGACCACACAGCUACAAGUAGAAAGAAUAUUGUACUGGGCCUUCUCACAGACCUAUUUGUAGAGUUUGGAACUAAAUAAGCUGGACCUUCUGUGUCAUUAGGACAGUGUCUUGUUUUGUGUAAAACUUUUUGAAAGAGACAUUCUUCAGAAGCCCAUUCCCUAUCUUACCUGUCACCUGCAAACAACACUAGAGAAAAUAUUUUGGAAAUACUUGUCAGUAUGCUUUAAGUCCCUAGCUAUAGCAGGUCCCAAAUCUUUUUCCAUGCUAUGGCAGUGGUUGUUUGUCUGUUUUCUUUGGGGUGUUUUGUUUUUAAACAGGGCAUCACCAUGUAGUUCAGGCUGGCUUUGAACUUCUGGCAAUCCUCCUACCUCAGUCCCCCAAGUGCUGCAUGCCAUACAGUUUUAAAAUCAAACCAAAAUGAAACUGAAAACAACCAGAAAAGGUCUUGAAAUGCUGGGGGUGGAGGUCAGUGGUAUAGCAUGUACCAUACACACAAAGCCCUGGUUUCAGUCCCUCGCCUAGGAGGACAAAAACAAUAACAACAACAAAAAACAAACUCCCACAAAAACUGGUCUCUGGAGAUUAUGAAGUCUCCUUGUAAGGGACCUUAAAGUUCUAGGACAGACAGAGCUUUCAGUAUUUCAGAUAUCUACAUCAUAAUACACACAUCCCGAGGCAGUCACCGGUGCCCUCACACAUUGAAACCUUGAAGUUUAAUCAGAUGUCACACACAGGCAGAAAGCUUGUCUCUUAUCUAUAUGAACAUUUGCGCUUUGUCAUGGUUUAUGAAUUAUGGUCUUGACCAAAUCUAGCAUUUGUGAUUGGUUCGUUGUCUAGCACUUGGAUUGGUGGUGUGAUGUUAUAGCCACUUAGGAUUGGAGCCAGGAUACAAUGUAAUAGCAGGAUGAAUGUGUGUCUCUCUCUUGCGGCUUGUGCCUUGCUGUUUACAGCCGCCAUGAAGGGCUUUUCUGCCAUGCCAUUUGGCCUUGGAGCCAACUGAGUAUGGACUGAAACCUCCCAUAACUCUAAGAAAUAAACCUUUCCUUCCCUAACUUUGGCAUUAGGUAAUUUGUCCCAGUGACAAGUGAAAAGUUACUAAAGCACUCCUCUUCAUUCCAGUCUUCAUCCCUAUGCAGUCCACACCUAGUCUGACAGCUAGUACCCUUUCCAGCUGGAAUGUAGGGAGAUAAGUAAAACAGGCCUAACCUGUGUUGGAAAUGGGUAGCAAGAUAUCCUGAGGAUGCUAAACAAAGCCAGAGUAGUCAGAAGAUGUUCUGAGUACAAGGGUUCUUGAAUCAAAUUAGUGAGGACUCAGUAGGUGGAGGGUAAAAAAGGUACUUGUCAGUUUGCAAGUAAAGUCACAGGUGCUUUUUUUUUUUCUUAUUUGGUACCAGGCAUCGAACUCAUGACCUUGCACUUGAUAAGCAGGCACUUACACCACUGAGCUAAAUCCCUGGCCCAUCAUGUUUUUUGUUUUGUUUUGUUUUCUUUCUUUCUUUCUUUCUUUCUUGUACCAAGAAUCAAACUGAGGACCUUGCACUUGUCAGGCAGGUACUUAUACCGCUGAGCUAUAUUCCCAGCCCACACAGAUAAAGUUUCAGUCUCAGAUAAAGAGGAAAAAAAAAUGAACUCAUGUAGCCAGAGGAAGCUAAGAGUCUUCUAGGGUCCAGCAUUUGAGAAAGAUACUCAGUUACUGUGCAUUUCUGUUGCUUUUCCCUGGUAGAACAUAUGGCAGAGCCUUGGGCACUCACAUGGCUGAAGCCAGGUUACUCUGAUGCCCAAUUAGUAUGUUGCUAGCAGGACUGUUGGUGCCACAGAAGCUGGCUGUGCCUCAGACAAAUGGGGAGCAGGUUCACUCUCACAAAUUGUGUCUUCAUUGCAAGGGAGGCAUUGCCGUUGCUGUCAGCCAGAAUCUCAUCCAAGAUUCCUGGUCUGGUUGACCAUGUCUUGUUCAAUACAACUCUUGUUGUCACAUCUUGAGAUAUGAUGACUGAUUUUGGCCACAGGGACCUGAUGGCAAGCAUUGAAGGGACAAGUAGCCAAUAUGUUUGCAACAUUAGGAUGAUUCUCUGCAGUUGAUAAGUUAAUAAGGAAACCUACAAGCCCUGAUCUGGUGGUUUUUAUCAUAGGAACACUAAUGGCUUUUUGGGGCCCAGGGAGUCAGGAUAAGUGUUUUCCAUGCUGAAAAUAUGGAGCUGAUUUAGAUUGCUGAGUGUUGCCAUGCUCGCCCCACAGCUGCCUUCACCCCAGAGUCACCUUUGCCACAAAGCCUGCCUGGGCAAUGCUCACUUCCAGUCCCUAGUGCCAGCCAGAUACACGAUUCUGAAGACAGUCGUGAGAAGAGGCAAAGAAAGUGUUUUGCUAAUAUGCCCACUGCCAUCGGUGAAAGUUUGCCUUUGGGGAGAGAGAGUAGAUGACUCUUCUCAUUACGCUUUGUGGCCCUUUAGUACCAUGCAGUACUCAGAGUGCAGCUGAGAGGAGCCUGUUAGAGGUGCAGGCUCGCAGGCUCCCUGCUACUGAAUCUGAAUCUGCCUUUUGGCACAAUCCCUAGGCGAUCCUUGAGGAUAUUCUGAGGAGCACUACUACUGCCUUAGCAGUAGGUCUGUGGUUCACAGAAGCAGCUACAUAUUAGCACCUUUCAGGCCAGGUGUGCUGGUGCCGUGCCUGUAAUCUCAGCACUCGGAAGGCUGAGGCAGGAGGAUCUCUGUGAGUUCCAGGCCAGCCUAAGCUAUGUAGUCAGUUCAAGACUAGUCUGAACUACACAGCAAGAACCUGUCUUGAAAAAAAGGAAGAAGAAAAGAGAGGGAGGAAGGAGAAAAAGAAACCCUCUGGUGCUUAGAGCCCAGUUUAGAGCAACUCAGUGUAAACCUGUAGAAUAGGGCACCAGCUUCAACAUUGCUUUUGGCAUUCCCUAAGGCAUUUUCAGAUGCACUCAAGAGUUUGAGAACGACUUAUAAAUAGGCUCUUGUUUGAUCUUUUUUAUUGCUCUAAGAAAUGAGUGUUCAUUGGACACUUUACAGAUGAGGAAACAGGUUCACAGAGCUGCAGGGACACUUUACAGAUGAGGAAAUAGGUUCACAGAGUGGCAGGGACUUGCCCAAGCGAAAUAGCCAGAAGUAGCCAAGCUCAUCCUGAUCCCUGAUUGUUUUCCUCCACAUUCAAAGCCUGGGGCUGGCUCAGUAUUGAUUUCUGAGAAAGGUACUCCUGGAGGUCGAGGACAGGAUACACAAUGUCUCCUGGUGACAUCAGUGACCAGAGCUUUGCUCUUUCCCUCUCCAUGUCGUGCAUCUCCCCUGGAUCAUAACAGUAACCCUAGAACUCAUCCUACAGUGAAAAUUUGGCUCUUGCAGAGUUAGAAGAACUGUGUACUUUUUUCUCUCUUUGUGUGAGUUCUUCAUAAACUGUGACAUUUCAUUUCUGAUGCUAGGACUGUGUGUAUCCUGAAAGGCUUGUUUUAAAUCUGUAACUCAAAUUGUGCUUUAGUACAAAUGACAAUAAAUCUGUCAGAGGAUGUCCUUCACCUCAGCCUUUGCAUCUGCCAACAUCUAUUUAUCUAGUAAACGAAGUGAAGAUGUUUUAUUGUUUUUUAUAGUCAUACAAAGUUACUUGUAGGUUACCUACAAACCUACACAUUUUUAUUCUUUACCAGUCUUUUCUCCUGACUCUCAUCUUGUUAUUGCAGUCUGAAGGCUUCUCCAUAGGACGACUACCUCUCAUGAUACUUCCCCAAAAGGUACAUAAAACUAAAAUACGUUUAGGUUUGCAAAUGACUGAAGAAAUCAGCUUGAAGCCAUCAAGUAUAAAUUCGAAUUCUAUUUUGAUAUCUUUUUUUCCUUGUGUGUGGCUUCCCUGGGCCACUAACUGUGAUGCAAGAUGUUAGUCCUUUAAACAGGAACUUGCAAAAUCAUCUAAAACUUAAACGUUUCAAAACUGUGGUUUCAUAUGACUUGGAAUGAUUCUAAAAACUAUUCAGUGGUCAUGAAAGAACACACACAGCACAUGGAAAGCAAGUUUGAUUAGUUCAAGUCACUGUGCUUUAGUUUUGGGUAUGUGGGUAAGGAGUUAUUUAUAUGAGAGUUUUGCAAACUAAACCUGCAGACAAAUAAAGCACUUGAAAUGGAAAAUCCUGUAUUUGCCACAUAAUAAAAACGUGUGAGGUCUUCCUCAUUUCAUGUCAACUUUUGUCAUUGAGCUUUAGAGCAAGAGACAGCAUGCCAUUUUGUAAGUAUAGAUGAUGUUCUUUCUGCACAAUAUCUUAUUCCCCUAGAAAGAAAGGGUUGUACUUUUAAGUUGCUGGUUAGGUAGGCAAAGACUGUAAUUUAAAAUCACUCUUACAGGUAUGAGAAGUACCAAAAGGCCCUCAAGCUUGGAGAGUGGCUGAUACAAUCAAAGGACAACAAGAGUGCACCACAGUUAAGGUACAAUAAGCAAGAGGAAAGAUAGGGAUAACAUCAAAGGGACCAGAGUUCACUAGGGCUCUGGUUGGUCACGAUAAGUAUCUAGCAUUUUUUUUAAAUGCUGGGAAGCCACUGAAGCUAGGGAGUCACAGUGGUGACAGUUCAGUGCCCUUUAGCAAGGAUUGCUCUGCCUGUUAGGUUGAGUUAGGUUGUGAAACAAGGAUGGAUGUGGGGACAUCAAUUAGAUGGCCAUUGCAGUGGUUCAAAUGUCACAUAACUGGCUACAAAUAAAGGUACAGGAAGCUGGUCUCUGCAUCCUCAGAGCUGACAAAGCCCUUGGCAGUCUUAUCAGUGGAUGGUUCAUGAAAUACGCUCAAUCCAAAAUUCCCCACCUGUGGCCCAUAAUAAUUUAAAACACACACGCACACACAAUAGUGUAGAAAUUCAGCACAACAUAAGUAGAGCCUAUAGCCUGGCUGCCAUCGUUACUAGACAAGCAGAGUAAUUGCAGAGGGCCUAAACCGGUUGCCACACCUGAAUGUAGGAGGCCUUGCUUGAUGAGUGUUACCUCGUCACUCUCCUUCGUGUGCAUUACAUUUUUUUAAAAACAGAGUUGGAUACAAUUGGAGUUCUGUGUCCUCCCUGGGCUCUCCCUGUGAUGAGAGGCUCCUUUCAUUCCCCAUUGCUGCUUCUAAGUGCCAGGCAGGAAGCCUGCAGCUGGCGGGGCUCCACUGCUUUUGCAAGGGCUGGGCCUUUAUACUUCAGGUCAGGCUGCUUUAUUAUUCAUAACUUACAGUAAAUGCAAAAUGUUUUACCAAAACAGGUAUUUUUGCAUCCUCAGAGGUAACUUAUUAUAAAUACCGAUGCUAUAAAAGGCCCCUUCUUGCUUUCAGAAAAAUCCCAUGAAUUGCAAUAGUGCUUAAAAUUAGGUUUCCAGAGAUGUUCCCACCUUCUUGAGCCUUUAUGUGGCAUCUGUGUAAUUUAGCUGGUUUUCUAAAAAGUAAUUUUUAAGAUAUUUACAUUUUAAAAUCUGAGAACAUGGAGGCUUUGUUUGAGACAAAGUCUCAUUAUGUAGUUCAGGCUAUUGAAUGCACUAUAUAGCCCAGGCUGACUUAGAACCUGUGGCAAUCCUCCUGCCUCAGCCUCCUGGGUUCUGGGAUUACAGGUGUGUGCCACCAUACCCGGCUUAGAACAUGAGACAUCUUAAGGGACAUUUACGUGUUUAUAUUUUUACAAAUUUUAAAAAUAUAAAUGUGAUUAUAAAAAUGCAGUUUCAAAUUCCAUUUUCUAAAAAUAUAAGGCCUUUCUGUGUUUAUGAUCUGUGUAAUAUGACCUAGGGAAGUAAUAAUUCUGACAGCAUAGCAAACUAUUUUGCAUUCUUUGUUAAAGAAUCAUAAGUGGCCUACAGGAUGGAGAGUCUAGAGUUAAAAUAAAUUUGUUGGAUAUGUUCCUGCUUUCAAAGUGUAAAUGAGGUACAGUAGGAAUAGGGUCUAAGUAGUCAUUAAUAUUUUUCCAAAGAUGACACUUUGUUUUUUAAAGAAUCCAAAACGGGCUGGAGAUUUAGCUCAGCGGCAUAAGUACCUGCCUUGCAAGCAGGCAGUCGUGAGUUCGAUCCCUGGUACCAAUAAAAAGGAAAAAAACCAAAAAAAAAAAAAAAUAUAUAUAUAUAUAUAUAUAUAUAUAUAUAUAUAUAUAUAUAUAUAUAUGUAUAUAAAAAGAAUCCAAAACAGCCAUUGAAAAGUAACAGAAUUAAGAAGAGAGUUAAAAUAUUCAUUCAAAAGCUUCUUUACAGUCAGGCAUGAUAGCACAUUCCCCAGUGAUGCCAGUAAUCCCAGCCCUCAGGAAGCUGAUGCAGGAAAAUUGUGAAUUCAAGGCCAGCUUGAGUUACACAGCAAACCCUGUCUCAAAGCCAACAAAAACCUUCUUUACCUGUUAUUCCUGGAAUAGAUUCACUUCUGAAAUAUAAACAUAAGCACUGAAGCUCCCCAGAAGCUGCUUUUAAGUCCCUUGAAUGGUAUUAAAAUUCAUGUUUGUAGACUAAAACAGAAAAUUAGAAAAUUUCCAGGAGCACCAGGGAGGCCCCGAGUCAUCUGGCUGGAUUCCACCUAGCAUCUCUCUCUGUGAAGGACACAGAACUGCAAAACCCUUUCCAGUUUUCCUUCCCAGCCCCAGCAUGCCGAGUUUCCACUGUAGCUCCCACCCAUGGCACGUGAACACGUGUGCAUCUCCAUGGAGAGCAACUGAAGUCGCCACCCACCCGUGUCUACCAGCAAAGGCCUUGAUGGUUGAGUGGACUGUGGUUUGGCAGGGAUGAGGCCACCACGUUGGUUCGUCUUUUCUGGGCUUUCAUGUAUUUUCCCACUGAGAAUUUCUGAUUUCUGUGGAUUUGUUUUCAUUCAACAAAUGGAUUCUUGCUUCGUGAAAUAGCUAAGCAUAGAGUUUCUACUCAUUUUAGUGGAUAUUUACCCCAUUUUAAUGGAGAUUAUCAUUUUAAAAAAACGAAUGAUUAAAGGGUACAGGGGUUCUUUGGGAGGGUGCUAAAAUAUCUAGAGUUGGCUGUAAUUAUUGGGUUGAUCAGGGUUGAUCAGUGGAUACUAAAUUAUAGGUGAUAGGAAUAAGAAGUCCUAUGUGCUAUUGUCCACUGGAGUGACUAUAGAUAGUGACUGUGUACAGUUUACCUCAAAAGCUAGGAGAAAAGAUUUGGAAUGUUCUUUCCAUAAGCAUUUGAGGAGAUCAUAUAUUUAACCUGACAACAUAUGCAUGUAUUGAAACCUUCCAUGAUACUCCAUUGGCAUGCACAGUCUUGUUUUCUUAUAUGUCCAUAUUGAACACACAAAGCCCUGAAUUCAAUCCAUGGCACCAACAAGAAAUAAUUAAAAAUUUAAAACAAUCAAUUGUGAUGGGCACACACCAGACUAAGCUACACAUCAUUGAAUUAUAUGCUUUGAAAGGUGAAUUAUAUGGUAUGUGAGCUGUGUUUCAAUAAAGCCGUUACUGCAAAACCAGAUGAACUGAGAGAGGGAAUUGGAGACAGGGUCUCUCUUGGAUAUUUAUCUCAGUGAGUCACUGAACCUCUCCUGCUUCUCAAGCCGCAGAGCUGAGCUGAGCUGCCAAUGACAAUAAGCCCAUGGAAAACAGUCCCUUAAGAAUCCCUGCAAGCAUUUGGCGGUUCUGCUGCUGCUUAGAUCUGUACCCAGCCAGGAAACUUGCAGGGCUUGAAGAUGAAAUCAGCCAAUGCUCUAGCUCCUCGGUGAGAGGCUGGAUUGGGGGCGCUCUAUUAACUGGUUGGGAGCAAAUAGAGAAUCCUGGCUCCAUCCCAGACUUUUGAAUUGGAAGCUACAUUUUCAUAGUACUUCCCGCGUGUAUGAACCUUUGUGAAAUGCUGACCCAUCCAAAGUAGCUAGGCUUGUAAAUUCUGCCUUCCUGUUUUUACCUUUAGAUGAAAUGCCUGAGUUCCUCACUAACACUGUCAUUUCUGUCUAGGUCGCCAGUGGCCUCUACCCUUCACCUUGCUAAAUUUAUGCCCACUUCAGCAGCAUUUGACACACUGGCCUCCCUUUCUUUUUCUUUUUCAUUUUUCUUUUUCUUCUUUUCUUUUCUUUUUCUUUCCUUUCCUUUAUUCUUUCUUUCUUUCUUGAUAGUUGGGAUCAAGCCCAGGGCCUUUUCACUGACUUACACAUUGCUAGCUCUCUUUUUAUUUCUUUUUUUAUUCUUAUUUUAUGAUUUAGACAGAGUCUUGCUGAGUUGCUCAGGCUGGUGUUGAACUUUCAAUCCUCCUGCUUCAGCCUCCUGAGUAGCUGAGAUUAUAAAUGUGCAUCACCACACCUGGUUGGCAACAGUUUUUCUUGAAAAUGCUUUUGCUUGGGACUUGCAGUCAGUUAUUCUGUCCCUGGUUUUCCCUCUCAUGGACCACUGGCCUCGCCAUCUCAGUAUUAUUUCCUGGUUUCUCUUAACUUCCCUGACGUUUUAGCUUUGGAGUAUCCCAGAUUUUAGCCCUUGGAACAGCUCUAUAUGUAGCCCUACUUUGGUGAUUUUAUCAAGUUCCACACUUCCUAAACCAUCUAUAUGCUGCUGGUACCCCUAAUUAUCUGCAGCUUGCAUUACCCCCUUUUGCUCUGAAAUUUAUUGUCAGUUUAUUGUCAGUUGACAACUCUACUUAAAUGUACAAUAAACAUCUUAACAUGUUUAAAUCAUUCCCAA